AUGGUCGUACUCAGGUCGCUGCGCCAGUCGUCCACGUACCUGUACCUCAAGGCGUAUUGUCUCUGUGCCCUGGUUUCUCUCUUCAAAGCCACGCCUGUUUCCUCGGGUAUUGAGCACGCGAGGAGCCAAUUGCAUUUGGACAAGAUCCAAGAAUUUGCAAGCCGCAACGCCCAGAUAGCAUUUGUUAGAGAAGCGCUGGCAGCGAAGAGAAGGAGGCUGGAGCGAACCAGGAAGUCUAUACCGACGGUUGAGCCAGGAAAAAGACGGUCCGUGACUCUGAAUUCUAGCUCGCCCGUCAGGACGACGGUGGAGAGGUGGUACCACAGGACUGCUGAUCUCACCCAGGUCAAGCAUCUUCUUCGCCGGGAUGAUUCCGACUACAAGGUGUACCCCGAGUUGAAAUGGGAUGCGACUGUAAGGUGCUCGUCUGACUUGCAUCGCGAGGAAAAAGAAUUCAUCGACUUGCGUAAAAGGCGCAUCUCCUCCCAGGGCGAGGAUUCGUUACACAAGUUCCUGGGCUUUCCGCCAGAUGAGGUGGUUGAUCCCCGAGAUGUGCCCCUGGUGUCUCUUGGAGGUUCGGGUGGAGGUUACAGAGCAAUGUACGGUUUUGGAGCCUUCAUCUUGGCAUCGAAGAAGCUGCAUUUAUGGGAUUGCAUCACCUGGGUGGCCGGAGUGAGUGGAAGCUGUUGGACGCUGGGUGCCUACUACACAAUUGCCGGCCACGAUAUUGGCAAACUCAUGCGGCAUUAUGUGACCGUCGCUCACGAACUUGCUCACCCCAUGAGUCUGUACGCUUUAAACGUGGUGGCAAGGAGCAGCAAAGGCGUCUACUUUCUCAUCGGACCAUUACUUCGAAAGGUGGAAUGUAGCAUUAUUGGACUGGGUAUCAUGGAUCUCUACGCGACCCUGAUCACAACGUAUCAAUUUCUGUCACGGCAGCCAGGUAUGAGACUGAGCAGAGCUACUUUCCAAUUCUCCAAGGUUUGGGGUCGUUCUUGUGCGAAGACAGCAGCAGAACCCAUGCCGAUCCUCACAGCAGUGAGAAGGGCCCCGAAGGACGCCGAGGGAGUAAAACCACACAGAGACUCCUCGAUUAGCAAGGGACAACCUCCAGAUCGAUCACUGUUGCAGCAUGACGCUGAUUGCUUGAAUGCACGCUUAGUCCGCGAGCAAGAACGCCCUAAGGAUGAACGAGGAAAUAUCAUCCGACAUGAUGGCCUGUUUCAGUGGUUCGAGAUUUCUCCUCUGGAGAUUGGAUGUGUCGAUAUCCAAAAGUACAUUCCCACGUGGUCAUGGGGACGCACCUUUGUGUCUGGCCACUCUUCUGAUCGGCGACCUGAGCAGUCUUUCGCACUCUUACUCGGGCAGUGCACAAGUGCUCCGGCUGGGCCACUGACAGGAUACAUAUCCGCCCUUCUCGCUUCCCUGCCGAAGGGUACGAUGAUGUCAAGGGCGCUGUUCGCAGUAAAUAGAUUCAUCCGCCAGAAGAAAUGGGAGAGGCUUUGGGUGAAUCCUAUUCGUGCUGGACACGACCCGAAUCCAUUUUAUGGCCUUAACUUCCCGUUAAACCACAACAGAGAGGCAAUAGGGGUAGAUAGUUCCUGGGAUUCUGCAGGGGACGAGAGCAUUGCCAGUGAAAGAAGUACGACUCCCAAGGACGAGCCAACGAAGACUCAGAAAUGGGAAGCGCAAGGGAGAGUCAGACUCAUGGACAGUGGGAUGUCCAACAACCUACCAAAUCACGUAUUGGCACGAGAAGAGCGCUCUGCAGAUGUCAUCAUCUCUUUUGACGCAUCUUCGGAUGUCCAGACACAUUCUGCUGUUCAAAGAAUACACAAUUUCGCUGAGGAUAGCGGUAUUCAUUUGGAGGAUCGCACCGAUCUCUUUGAGCUUCCGAGAUCGAGAAGUGAGGAGGGUGUCCUUGGACCAGCAGCUGCCCACAUUGAAUCCCAUCACCUCCAACAAUAUGCGCAGGUCUUUAGAGGCAGAAGGCAAAAUGGCCAAGUGCUGUACAUAGUGUACUGCCCAUUGCUGCCAAACGCCGUUAAUCCUCACUACAACCCUUCCAAAGCAGCCUUUUCGAGUUCCUACAAUCUUGUAUGGACACCUGAACAGGUUAGCACACUUCUUUCAACAGCAGAGUCCAACCUCUCAGAUUAUGCCAUAACGGUGAUUCAACAGGUGAUGAGAAAGGUUUACAUGGACAAAAAAGCACAGCGGUUGGACUUGGGCCAGAGAAGUCAACAUACAAUUGGUCAUGCGUCCUACCAGGGCUUGGGACAUCAACGGUACAGUGCUGCUGGAUAG